AUACCUUCUAUACACAUCAACUGUAUCGAGACGUAUAUAGACAUUAGAGUAGUAGAUAAUUUGUUUGUGAUAUUGGUCAACCUAUGAGGACAAAGAGACAUGGGGUCGAUCUAAUUGUUAUAAUUCCACAAAACCAUAUUCGUCACUCACUUUCCUUCCUUUGCUUAAAUAAUCCGAUCCCCACAGCCCUACUACUCCAACUCUCCCUCCUAAAAAAAAUACCAUAUUCUUUUGCCUCCACGCUCAGACUUUUUUUUUUAUAUAAAUAUUUUGUAAUUAAUUUGUUGCUACAACAACAAUAAUAUUAUUAGAGAGAUCGAUGGGUUUUGAUCAUGAAGCUUGUAACACUGGCCUUGGACUCAGCCUAGGUUGUCAAGGUAAUCCAGAUCAUCGUACAAAUUUGCAGGCCUUCGAUCUCGAUCACCAAAAGAAGAAGAAAAUACAGUUGAAAUAUGAUCACCUAUUGCCGGCUCUAACCCUAGGUCCAUCGUCCGGGGCUAAGAUCGAGGCCGCCAAAUCGGAUGAUCAUUUGCACCAAGUAGUAUAUGUGCAAGCACAAGAACAGGCCUCUUCUCCCUGCAGCGGCGCCGUUUCUUCGUUCUCCAACUCAUCUAGUUUCAAGAGGGACAGAGGUUUGGGUGUUGAAGAGAUAGAGGGAGAGGUAGAAGAAGAGAGAGUAGUGAAUAUCACUACUUCAUCAAGAGUAAGCGACGAAUUAUAUGAUCAAGAUCAAGAUCACGAAGGCAGUCCUAGAAAGAAACUCAGACUUACAAAAGAACAAUCCGCCACUUUAGAGGACACCUUCAGAGAGCACACUACUCUCAAUCCAAAACAAAAACAAGAACUGGCAAGAAAGCUAAACUUACGCCCACGACAAGUUGAAGUCUGGUUCCAAAACAGGAGGGCUAGGACCAAGCUGAAGCAAACGGAAGCAGAGUGCGAGUUGUUGAAGCAAUGUUGUGAAACAUUGAAGGAAGAGAACAGAAGGCUACACAAGGAGCUGCAAGAGCUCAAAUUAAUGAAACAAACAGCAACAGCAGCAGCACCCUUUUACAUGCAGUUUCCAACUGCCACUCUCACCAUGUGUCCCUCCUGUGAGAAAAUCUGCAACGUCGGCGAUCAUCAUAAUCAUAAUCACAACGAGUCAUCGACAAGUCCAUUUUUAGUCGGGUCGAAUAAGACUCACUUGAUCUUCAACCCCUACAGUACUCAUCCAUCUACAGCUUGCUAGCUAUAGUGUGCUGCCAAAUUAAUUAAGGCCAGAUUAUCACUAGCCUUUUUUUUUUUUUUUUUUAUAUAUAUGAAUGCAGCAUGCAUAGUUCGAUUUAAUUUGUACAGAAUGAAGUUUAACCGUAGAGGUUAAGUAAUUUCUGUCUCUUAUUUACGAAUAUUAUUGUGUGCAUGUAUAUGUUAUUAUAUUUUGCGAUUUUAGCUAGUCUCUCCUCAUGUCAAGGAUGUUUUUGUUUUCUUGCGUCUUGUCCAUUGCGUCUUUUCCAAUGACAAAUCUAGCUAGGUUUACUUUGUACGUAAUGUCACUGUUAUGGCAUGGGCAAUUUGUGGAUCAUAAUUAACAAUAUGGUUUAAUAUGA